CGCAUAUCACCUCCCUUCGUAUCUUAGCCAUUGCCAUGUAGAGCUCUUUGGCAUUUUUAGCCUAAUCAGCUACAGUUUUGAUUUAUUUCCAGGUAUAAAAAAUGUCCGAGCUUGAAGCUAGUGUAUCGUGUUCUCCGCAGUGUGCGGAAACAGACAAAACCAAAAAUACAGACGAUAUCAAUCCAGAAACAGUACAAAACACUAACACCAAUAUUUCUCAGGUUGAAGAAGGGUCUCAGGGUGACAGUGAUCUUCUCAAAGGCCUGUUGACCGAUAACUUCUGUCACAUCUGUGAAGCAACCCUGCUUUACGAGUCCCAGAGAGUUUCUCAUUAUGAGGGGAAAAAGCAUGCACAAAGAGUCAGGAUGUACCUACAGAGCAAGAAAGCUAAAAUAAAUAAGCUGAGCCAAGAUUGUGGAGGCCUUUUGAGAGGUCUGUCUGCAGAGAAGUUCUGCGAGCUGUGCAACAUGGUAUUCAGCUCUCCAACUGUGGCCAAGUCGCACUAUGAGGGCAAAGUUCAUGCCAAGAAUAUGAGAAAAACAAAUCCUCCGCCACCUGAAGCGCCCGUCCUAGAAUCCACAACUCCUGUUGUCCUCCCAUCAGAGGCUGCUGUGCAGAAUCAGAUCAGUCAGGAGCAGAACACUUCUGGCUCGGGCGAUCAAGAGGUUGAUCUCAGUGACCCCAACAAGUAUUGUACGCUGUGCAGCGCUUCCUUUAACAACCCUCUGGUCGCCCAGCAGCACUACAGUGGCCGGAAGCAUCAGCGGAGCCAGGCCCGGCAAGAGAUGCUGGACCAGAUGGGGGAACAGUCAGAACAUGUGAGCUCGCUGACUUGCCCGAUUUGUUGUCUGACGCUCAGCUCAAUAGAGAUGUACCAGGCACACAUGCAGGGAAACAAACACAUUGUCAAAGAGAAGAAAGUUAUGGAACUGUGCAAAUCUCAGAAGAAAGUGUACGACUCCUUCCAGGAUGAGCUGGCUGACUACAUUCAGGUGCAGAAGGCCCGGGGACUGGAGCCCAAAGCAGGACCGGGCACCAUAGGACAAGCAAACAAGGAUCUGGAUGAGAGUGUGAAAGAAGGUCCACAGAAAGCAGAAGAGAUGCCUCAUCCUGGCAAGCUGGUUCCACGUUUUCCACCUCCUGGUUUCCCUCAACCUCACUGGCACCCACACUUCCAGUCUCAGGUCAAUCAAUUUGGCUUUGGCAUGAGAGGCCCUGUCCCACACUAUCGGCCGGGGUAUAUGCCCCAUGUCCAUCCUCCUUUCACACCUGGUCACCUGUGUAAAAGAGGAAGGAGCCCCGAGUCAUUUAGCUCCUCCUCUUUUUCAGACUCCUCCUCUUACACUAGCAGCAGUAGUGACAGCAGCAGCAGUUACGACAGCAAAGAGAGGAGGAGACGGAAGAGGAAGAUGAAAAAGGGAGGGAAGAGCAGAAGAGACCAGGAGGAAGGGUCUGAUACGGAACGGGGUGAAAGGAAAAAGAGGCGGAAAGGAGACAGGGGAGGAAGUGUAGAAGGAGAAGAUGAUAGAAAGAAAUGGAAGGAGAGAAGAAAAAGAGAGAGGAGCUCUAGUGAAGACGAGGAAAGCAUAGGUAAAAGCAGAGCAAGCAAGAAAAGUAGGAGGCACGGGGAUGGACAGCAUGCAAAGAGACGAAAGGAAGCGGAACUCUUGGUCAAACAAGAGAUUGAAGUGCACGAGGAACCACAGGGAAAGAUGGAGGAACAAGUAGAAGUCAGGACAGAAACAAAAGAUGGCAAACACAAACACAAAAAAGAGAGGAAAAAAGGAAAAGAGAAGAUGAAUCAAGAAGACAACAGGACAGAGGAGGAAAGGCUCUGGGAUGAGACGAUUCUUGGUGUUUUUUAGACAAUGAUGGUCUGUCGGUAUUGUUCUAAUUAAACUGCACGGGACCUCAGAAAAGCAUUUUCCUGAAAUCCUCUGGGCUCUUCUCAAUAUGUAUGCUUUCUGAAGAACUUUGAAGGCCUUUCUUUCAGAAACUCAUCUGCUCUAAAUUCCUUGUUAAGGAAUCAGAAGUGAAAAUGUUGUCAUCAUUUACUUACCCUCAUUUCAUUUCAAACCCAUAUGACUUUUAUGGAACAUUUAAGAAUGUUCUUGCAGCUUUUUUGCAAUUCAGUGAAUUUGAAUAGAAGCUGUCAUUCUCCAAAAAUGACAAAAAAGCAGAAGUCAAUACAACUUGUGCACUAUAUUUCAAUUAUUUUGAUUUUUGGUGAGGUACAGAUCAAAAUUUAUUCAAAAUAUUGGCUGAAAAUAAUGCUGCCUGCAAUUCCACAUUUUCAACCGUGAGCAGAAAUGUGACAUGCAAAAAAACUACAGUGUUUGUUAAAAACAAAACAAAAAUCAAAUGGCUUCAAAAGACUUUAUAUUGCACAAGUUGUAUGAAUUAACUGUCACCUUUAAGAUGCUUUUGCCAUUUUUAGUGCUUGACAACAUCCAUUCACUUUCACAGGGUGGAAAAGAGCAACAUGAACAUUAUGCUAAACCUCUCCUUUUGUGUUCCACUGAAGAAAGUAAGUCAGGCAGGUUUGGAAUGACAUGAGGGGUGAGUAAAUGAUGUGAAAAUGUUCAUUCUUUGAAAUGCUCAGGACUACCGACUUUAGGACGUCUCUCUAGAGCUGCACUUCACUCUUGUAGAAAUCACUAAUAUUUUAUACCUUGAGGUGUGAUGCAAAAACACUAUGUUAGCCAUCCACCAUGUCCAUGUGGAUGUGUCCUUCAACUUGCUUCAUGCUUUGAUCAAAUAAAUCCCUCCCGCUGUUUAUAUCAGCAUAGAUUUAGUAUUUAUUGUAAACUUUUUCGAAAAAUCUAAAAAUACAUGAACCUUUCUUUAUGACUCCAGUUUUGGUCUCAAGGGGGCGCUGAGUGCCAGCAUGUACGCUUUAUGUCGGUGGUGUCAAACUCAAUUCCUGGAGGGCCACAGCUCUGCAGACUUUAGCUCCA